AUGAAUCUCAACAAACGAACAUUCAAGGAUCAAAUGCUUUAUGCCAUUAGUGAUAAGGUGACCGCACCACUUAGAAACUCCUUCAGCCCUCAUAACAUGAGCGAUAUUCCCAAGAUACAACGCCAGGCGGUCAUUACUAGAAACUCUCAGGCGACUCACUGUUGCUCUCUUGUUACAGAGUUCGAGAGGACCCACUACCCAGAUGUGUUCGCCAGGGAGCGGCUCGCUGAGAAGAUUGGUCUACCAGAAGCUCGGAUACAGUCAUCAGCUGUGACUGAAGCUCCAAUAAUUGGAGAAAGGUUUAGCGGUUUUUUAUCAACUGCUGUUUGGGAAACUGGGGAUGGUCCAAUUAUCGAAUAA